GGUCGGAAGCUCUCGACACUGCCUUUGCGAGCUGAGACAGGAAACUUUGCUGUUACGGAAGGGUCUCAGGAAGGAAAGCUGCCUGUUGAAUGUUCCAUUCUCCAAAUGAAUCUACCAAAGCCUUGGAAUUCAAAAAAUAUGUCUGGCCUCCCUCCUCCAUUGCCAGCCCGACCCAACAAACCCAAUCGCCAAAAUGAAGAAACAUCAUGUGUGAGUGAUGUCGACAGCGGCUCUGAGAAUGAGGAUACCUAUGAACCACCCCCAAGUGAACGACCCCUCAGACCUGUUACUACAAUUGAACCAACUAAUAACUAUUACAUAGAAAGACAAACCAAGCCUUCAGCAUUCAUACCCAAGCCAGGACCUAGGCGGCCUGUACAUCUCCCAAAGAUCCAGAACACAAAAUCAGAAAGUGAUCCUGCCAGGGUGUAUGGUCUAUAUAUCGAUCCCAACGCUGCCAAAGGUCCUCCAAUGAACAAAGCUGUUGAAGAUACUUCCCCAACUCUUCCGCCACGUACCCACAGAAAAGCUCAGUUGUUAAAUCCACAGAAGGGUGUCAGUGAUGGUGAAUACUUGGAGCUUAACUGCAAAGAGACCAGCGGAAGUAAAAGUUUACUGGAGUCCAGAUUGCAACCUCCAAUUCCUCCACGAAGUGCAAAUCUACCAAGUGCAGCGACAAAGCCUCCUGUUCCAUUUGGGAAACCACAUCCUCACAAAACUGUGCCAUCGCCAGAAGAAAUGCCAACUCCACCUGCAACUUCCAGACUCAAUCAAACUAAAUUCAAUCUAUUUAUACCAACUCCAUUCAUCCAGAGUGUUCCCUCUCGAAGCCUGCCAGAAGAAUCUGGAAGGAAAACAAGCAUUGGAAUGAUAUCUUCAUCGAGUAUGUUUCCAGAGACGACCAAUUUAUCAAGCAAAUCUUGGUACGCAAGCAAAUGUGAUCGGAAGACAGCAGAAGCUGCGUUACAUGAAAAUGGCAAGGAUGGGGCUUUCCUCGUGAGACCUAGUUCAGGAUGUGACAAGAACCAGCCUUACACCCUGGCAGUGUUGUACCGAAGAAAAGUUUACAACAUUCCCAUUCGCCUCAAUGAAUCCGGGAAGCAAUACGUCCUUGGAAAGGAGAAGACAGGAGAGCGGUGGUUUCACAGUGUCGAAGGAAUGAUUGACUACCAUCAACAGAAAUCACUGAUCCUGAUUGACAAGCAGAACAACACAAAGGACUCAACCUUGUUGCUUCAGCCAGUCCGAUUGUGAACAACCUGGAAUCUUGCCAAGGUGAACUCAGCCUUGUCUCAUAUAAAAUCUGGGUGUGCCAGCUCAGUUCUGCAGGAACAGUGCGUCACCGAUCAAUCCCACAACCAUGUAGAAAAC